AUGUUGCUUUACAUGGAAAAUGCCGCACAACAAGCGAGCGCAUUAUUUAGUGAUGCGACCAGUGAACAGUUGUUAGCCGGUGGAGCUGGUCUAAUCGCAGAUGCUCUCGCUAGACUUUCGAUUCCAACCAUCCACAAUUCACAAAUGCCGCAUGCUUCUCGAGGAUAUUUGAUCUGUCAAAGCGAUCGACUACCGUGGAGUAUGGAGGGAAUGCAUUUCAACGAGCACUUUUGUGGCUCUCCGAAAGUGAUCAUAAGACAGCUCAAAAAACAUGGUGAUUUGCCUGAACCAUCGGCUGGUUUAUUCCCAAUUGAAGUUCGGACUCGUGACGAGGGUUUACCCGAUUUUGAUCAGAAAACCUACUUCAGAGUAUUGGAUACGGAAAGAAUUGGCAAAGCGCUUAUUUAUGUGCCUGUUUGUGAAUCAACACAAAACAUUGCAAGAAGUUUGGCUGUAGGCAUGCCAAAAGAGCCAGUUGUUGUGAUUGCGCGUCAACAAACAAAGGGAAAGGGUCGUUCUGGUAAUCAAUGGUUGAGUCCACCCGGUUGCGCAAUGUUCUCGUUCAAUUUUUUCAUCCCUUCAAAUACGAACCUUGCUGAUAAUGUGGGCUUUAUUCAGCAUAUAUUAUGCGUCGCAAUGGUGGAUGGUGUUUGUUCGUUACAUGAUUUGAAAGAUUUUCCACUAAGAAUUAAAUGGCCGAAUGAUAUCUACUAUGGGCGAACGUAUAAAAUGGGUGGUUUACUGGUAAACGCAUCAACGCGCGAUGAGCACAUCAUAUGCACUUUAGGUGCUGGUUUGAAUGUGGCGAACAGCAAACCGACAGUUUGUAUAAAUGAUAUGUUGCCGGUUGAUAGUGGCACUGAAGUGACUGUCGAGGAGUUUAUCGCAAAUACGCUCAACAAAUUCGAAUUUUAUGUGAAUGUAUUUCAAACCGAAGGUCGAUCAGCAUUUCUGAAAUACUAUUAUGAUUAUUGGUUGCACAGUGUUGAAUUCAGCCGCGAAGAAGUGACACUCGCAAAAACAAACGAGAAGGUUGUGGUGAGAGGGUUGGAUGAGCAUGGCUUUCUCGAGGUGCGUAGCAGGCAGAGUGGACGUGUGAUGACCGUGCACCCGGACGGCAAUACGUUCGAUAUGAUGAAAGGAUUGAUUUCAGUUAAACUAUAA